AUGUGCAGUUCCUAUGCGGAGUGCUGGCAGGGGGGGGGGUGGGCGCAUGCACUGUUCCCUCCCUUCAAGGCUAGCCUUUCUGCCACCUAUUCUUCCUUCUUUUUGCGCACCUACACGCUCUCCUCGCACUCUCUUCUCCCGUCUCUGCAAUGCCUUUGUGCAAAGGGCGGCAGAACGGCUGCUGAGGUGGCAUCCACAGCGGUGCAUAACCGGGCUUUAAGGGACAGCAUUCUGUCUGCGGGGCUCAAGAUGCCCAUCAUCAUGACGGCGCUGAACAGAGGCAUUCAGUUCUACACAUUUGAGACCGUCAAGGCCUGGCUGUUACGAGCCAAUCAGAAGCACCCAAAAACUUUUCAGCUGCCCGAGUCGGUACCUCCCAGCUCAGUGGCAGGGGGAGCAGCAGGCCUGGCUGCCACUCUCCUCCUCUACCCCUUCUCUGCUGUCGGCGACCACAUGAGUCUGCAGCCAGGAAAGUACCCUGGUCUGCGUCAGGCCCUGCUGGGGGUGGCACAGCAGCACGGCGCCUCACAGCUGUUCCGAGGGGUGGUGCCGAAGCUGGCCUCCAUGGUCCCCGCCUCUGCCAUCAACUUCCUUGUCUUCGAAUCACUGAAAGAUGAAAUCAAGAGACGGAGGAAUGGCAAAGACCCUUCGGCAGCGCAUAUACUCGUCGCCGGCGCCAUCGCAGGAGCAGCAUCCACUAUAGUCACACACCCGUUCGAGCUCUGCCGGCGCGAGAUCAACAUGAGCUUGCUGCCAAAGCACGCCACCCCCACGGGCGGGCACCUAGAGUACAACUCUCUUCGGCAUGCAAUGAGGGGGAUACUGAGGAAGGAGGGGGUGAGGGGGCUGUACAGAGGGGUGCUGCCGAGCCUCAUUGAGCUUGUGCCUGCCACGGCGAUUGGGUUUAUGGUGUAUGAGAUGGGGAAGAGGGUGAUGGUGGCUGAGGGGCAGGAGAGGAGGGAUGAGGUGAAGGGGUGA